AUGCCUAAUGACUAUACGGAAACGAUUACGUGCCCCUUCGGGGAGUUGGCGACGAAUUUAUCAGACUCGGAGCUAAAUGAGGCAGCUUAUGAGAUUUUGGUUGGAGCAUGUCUGAGUUAUGGUGGGAAAACAUCGAAUGACAAAGUACCGGACUCGGAAAAGAAUUCGGAGAAGGCGGGGGUGACGACGACGACACAGUAUACUUCGUUGAAGUCAAGGGCGGCGAGUAAGGUGAAGAAGGCUUUAGGAAUAAAAUCUCGGAGGACGAAAUCGAGCGGUAAUAAGACCGUCCCGGAACAAGUGAAGAAGCCGAAUUCAAUUGAGGAGACGUUGAGGGUUCAAAUGCGAGUUUCGGAGCAAAUGGAUUCUAGAGUUAGGAAAGCUCUCUCUAAAGUUGUUGUUGAUCAGAAAAUAGAGUCAGUUGUGUUGCCACUCGAGAUGUUGCAGCUACUCAAGCCUGCCGAUUUCCCGAGCAAAGAAGAACACGAAGCUUCGCAAAAGAGAUAUUUGAAGCUUCUUGAAGCCGGACUCCUUUUGCAUCCUCUAUUGCCACUAGAAAACGACAAUGCCGAUCGGCAACGGCUCCGAGAGAUCAUCGAUGGGGCAUCGGAGAAGCCUUCGAACAUCAUAAAAAACAAAGAAUCGAUGCAAUCCCUUCGGAGCAUUGUUACAUCACUUGCUUGUCGAACACGCGACGACGGAACCGUUUCCGAGACACACCACUGGGCAGAUGGAUUCCCUUUGAACCUCAAAAUCUACCAAAUGUUGCUCGAAGCUUGUUUCGAUAUCAAUGACGAGGCAUCGGUCAUUGAAGAGUUAUUUGAGGUGGUGGAGCAAAUAAAGAAGACAUGGCAAGUCAUGGGAAUGAACCAAGUGCUGCACAAUCUCUGCUUCCUGUGGAUCUUUUUCAACCGUUACACGACAAUGACGGAUCAAGCCGAGGGUGAUCUGUUGAACACGGGCGAGAACCUGUUGACGAAAGUCGAACACGAUGCAAAGGCAUUGAAGGAAGAUUCCAAUUAUGCCAAGGUGUUGAGUUGUGUUUCAAGUGUGAUUUUAGGUUGGGGUGAGAAAAGGCUUGUUGAUUACCACAUUCAUUUCCGAAGCAGCAACAUUGAGUCAAUGGCAUGUAUGGUUUCCAUGGCGGUUGUAUCAGCAAAGAUAAUGGCAGAAGAUGGUGAUGAAGGAGACGAAAUCGAUGUUGGUUACCAGAAAGUUGAUGAAUACAUAAAAUCAUCACUUCGUGCUGCUUUUACCCAGGUAAUGGAGAUGGAAAAGUCCAGCAAAGCUUCAUCAAAAGACUUUCAAAACGAGCUUCCUUUCAUGGCCAGACUUGCAGAGGAAGUGAGUAAACUGGCUCUUACGGAGAAGGAAACAUUCAGUCCAAUAUUGAAACGGUGGCAUCCACUUGCAGCCGGCGUAGCAGUGGCCACCCUCCAUUCCUGCUAUGGGAAUGAGCUGAAGCAAUAUGUUUCGGGCAUCGAUGAGAUAUCACCGGAUGUUUUAAAAGUGCUGAAAACUGCUGACAAAUUGGAGAAAGAUUUGGUGCAGAUUGCGGUUGAGAAUUCGGUGGAUAGUGAAGAUGGUGGCAAGUCGAUCAUAAGGGAGAUGCUUCCUUACGAGACUGAAUCUGUUACCUCUGGUUUGGUUAAAUCAUGGAUAACCGAGAGAACUGAUAGGUUGAAGGAAUGGGUUAAUAGGAACCUGCAACAAGAGAAAUGGGACCCAAAGGCGACAAGGGAGCGUUUUGCUCUAUCAGCUGUUGAAGUGCUGCGGAUUGUAGAUGAAGCUUUUGAAGCAUUCUUUUCGUUACCAAUAGCUAUACAUGCUUCUAUGCUCCCAGAUUUAGCCACCGGGAUCGAUAGCUGUCUUCAACACUAUAUAUCCAUGGCCAAAUCUGGCUGUGAUACCCAAAGCUAUGUACCCACAAUGCCACCUUUGACUAGAUGUUCUAGACGCUCCAAACUUCCUGGUGUAUUUAAGAGAAAAGAAAAGGCUCAUAAGAAAACUCAGUGCGGGACUGCAAAUGACACCUCCGGAACACCCCAGAUGUGCUGUCGUAUUAACACUCUUCUCUAUAUUCAAACUCAGUUGGAUGGAUUGGCAAAAAGGGAAGUUACCCAUUUAACAAACUCAGAAUCAAAUCAAGAUAUUUCAAAUGGAAUAGAGAAGGAAUUUAAACUUUCAGCUGCUGCAUGUGAAGAAGGGAUCCAACACCUAUGUGAAGCAACUGCAAAUAACGUCGUCUACCAUGACCUAAGUCAUCUCUUCUGGGACGGCUUGUACAUCGGGGACGUUUCAUCGUCUAGGAUCGAACCUUUUCUUCUGGAGCUCGACCUCCAGUUGGAGGACAUUUCAUUAACUGUGCAUGGCAAUAUUAGAACACGACUUGUUACUCAAGUAAUGAAGGCUUCUUUUGAUGGCCUCUUACUGGUUUUACUCGCCGGAGGCCCUGCUCGUGCUUUUACCCUGCAGGACUACGAAAUGAUAGAAGAGGAUUUUAGGUUCUUGACUGAUCUGUUUUGGUCUAACGGGGAUGGACUUUCGGCCGAAUUGAUCGACGACUUUUCCAUCACGGUUAAAGAGAUCCUCCCCUUGUUUCAAACUGAUACCGAGAGCCUGAUUCAGAAAUUCAGAAACAUAACACUCGAGAAUUGUUCUUCUUCUACGACUAAAUCCAAGCUUCCAUUGCCACCAACGACCGGUCAGUGGGGCCCGACUGAACCGAACACGGUCUUGAGAGUCUUGUGUUAUCGGAAUGACGAAAUAGCAGCCAAGUUCCUUAAGAAGACUUAUAACUUGCCAAAGAAACUCUAA